AUGACGACAACAUCUCGUGUUGCUAACGCUUCUUCUUUUUUUUCUUCUUUCGAGGGGUAUCUAAGCGUAUGUGACGAAAGCAAUCGUAAUUCCGGCAGUAAACAACGCGCUUCAAGCACUGAGUCACAACAUAUAAAUAACGGCUUUCUCUAUCUAUCUAUCUAUCUAUCUAUCUAUCUCUCUUUCUAUAUCUUUCUUUUUUCCCUCUCCCUAUUCCUUUCUGUUAAUUUCUCUCUUUCUCUCUUUUUUCUUGCCCUCUUUCUUUUUGUCUUCCUUCAUAGAUUUUUUUAUUUUCCUUUAAUCCCUUUCUUACUCUUCCCUCGUUCCUUUCUUCCUUCCUUCCUUCUUUCCUUCAUUUCAUUCUUUCUUACACGCUUUAUCUUUUAUCUCUUUUCAUUAUCUUUGUCUCUAUCGUUUGGGUUAUUCACAAACCAACAAUGCAGUUUUGCUCGUUGA